AUAUGGUUACACACAGGUAUAGGCCCCUUAACAGCUGUUCAUUAAACAGACUUGGGCACAGGAUGUAGGCUUUUAUCUCCUACCUCCUCACUUGUAGACUGCGUGGACCAACCAUGUCUGUUAAUUUGCCUGGCAUCUCAAAUAGGCUAGGACCUCUGUGAGCCGGAAAUUAUUGCUUCCCUCCGAGCCAGGAUUUGUUAUAUGUAGCAACCAAAGUUCAAGGUUUGUCAGAAGCGGAGUUGCACAACAGCAGACACAUCAUUAACGGUUGUCUGAUUGGUUUCGGAUUGGGAAUCUUUUCAUUCAACAUGGAUGGGUUAAGGGAUGUCAAGGCUGGUACUGGUAUUGCUGAGGUCAACAGGGCGGUGAUAGUCUCAGUAAGCAAAUUCGGUUAUGGGGUCGACAUGAAUCGGAGACCCGGGACAAAAGCAGACACCAAACGGCUUCAUCGCAUCCUCAGCAAACUGGGCUUCCAGGUGACGAUAGCAGAGGAAGACCUGAGCGCUGAUGAGAUCUACCAAGUUUUCCGGGAAGCGAGCCAGGCGCCCGUUAGAGAUUGUUUCCUGGCCGUGCUGUCAUCGCACGGGGAGGAAGGCUUUGUCUUCGGCGCGGACGGAAAGCCGGUUCGACUUGCACGUGUUUUCAGCUACUUUGACAGCCCCUGCAUGACGAACAAGACGAAGCUCUUCUUCGUACAGGCGUGUAGGGGAGGGGAGUUGGAUGAAGGCGUACAGGUGGACUCAGCCAUGAGUGAUGACACAGAGGAGGACGCAUUCUCACAGUCUCUGUCUGUUCCCGUGGAUACGGCCGUGAUAUACGCCACCCCGCCAGGUUACGCAGCCUUCACAGGUCCCGGCGGGGCAGUGUUCCUACGCACCCUCUGUCACCUUUUGGAGGAGGAGGGGGGUCGGGAGCUGGAGAUCACGCGCCUGCUCACCCGCCUCUGCCACCGCGUGGCCUACACCUUCCAGGCCCGGGGCCCUGUCCUGGGCGGGAAGAAGGAGAUGCCGUGCUUCCUCACGCGACUCACCAGAGAAGUGUUUCCCUUCGCCCAGAACUCGGAUGCAUCGACGGACUCAGCGCGAUGAAGACAACGUUUGCCCGCGAGGAAAACCCGCCAAAAAUAUGAUUUUAUGUACUCGGGUACAUUGCAUCGCAUUGUGAUCCGGACUUUACAUUUCUGGUUUAAAUUCUAGUGGAGAAAGUCAAAUGUGGGAGUAAAGGGCGUGUGUUUGCUUCGUAUUAGUUUUGACCAAACAUGGUGCUGGAGGAAGCGAUCUGUGUAGUUCAAUGGGUUCAAGUGUGUGUAAAGGUUUCAAAACACCUUUUGAAAGCAGUCCUCCUGAAUAAACGAUGUUUGACUUCAAACACCAAUAACCAUCUGGGCCAUGACAAGGGAAGUUUUGAGGUUUCGCUUGUGUUUUGCUUAUUAAAAACGAGUCCAAACUCAUAGCAGUAGAGAUCGAACUGGGUGCGUAGUUGCGUACAUUGGCAGGCCUGUGUUUGCAUAUUGGGAGAUCGAUGUACUCUGCCUGACCUUUUAAUGUUUGUGAAGGUGCGUGGCCAUUGCUACUCAAACAGAUACAAGACCCGAUGUUUGCCGAAGCCAACUAGAGCCUCCUUGUGUAAUUCAAUAGAAACUAUAGCCAGCAUAUCUGAAAAGGUUCACCCCGUUAUUACACAACUUACCUGUGUCAUGGUGUCAAUCAGUGUAAUACAUAUAUGUACACAAGUGAUAUGUUUGUGCUUCAAGGAGUGCAAUGCAUAGGGUUGAAAGGGGCCUGUGCUCCAUAUCAAUGUAAUUAAGUGUAAUACACACCCUGUUGGUCUAUCACCUCAAUGUUGUGUGGACUUCAACCAGCAAUAAAUAGGUUCACAAGAGUUAACUUGCAAUAAAUAGGUCCAAUAGAGUUGAGUUUCACUUUGAAUCAUUAUGCAGAUGGGACGUGACGCACGCGCGUGUGUGUGUGUGUUUCCUGCCCCCCCCAUGUAGCUUAACGCCUUGAGCUGUCUUCAGAUGCCUUAGAUCACAUAUCUGUCUGCGUGUUUCGUUGGAAGUGAAACACCCAUUUGCCACAGUUGGAACUUUGCCAUUGAACAACAUUAUAAACCACUUGAGAACACACAGCCUUCCACCCAAAGUUUGGCAUGACAAGGCACGUGUAUCGUUUGCUCAUAGGUCGGAUAUUGGGAAGCUAUUAUUUUGUGGUUGUUAGUCUACAGUCUAGAACUGUAAUUAUAAAUAUUUUCGACCAACCUUUUAUCACUUCACAUAUUCCAUCACAAACGUACAUGCAUUCUUCCUGUUUGCUAUGGCUUCUUUGCACUCUAUGCAGUUGUGGAUGGUUUAAAGUAGCUCAUGCAGCAAAUUAACCUCGUAACUUAUUUGUUGAUUGCUAUUGGUUGUCUAAGUCUCACUAGUGAAUCUCAAUUGUGAAAAUAGGCUGAAAUGUCAUUAAGUCGGAAAAAACGAUUUUCAGAAAUAAAUGGAUAUUUAUUAACACAUUGGGAAGGUGUUGUAUAAAAUAAAUGCGGAGAUCUAAACUCAUGACUAACAUUAAAAUUCAUAUGAAACAAGAUCAUUACACCGGUCUU